AUGGCGACUGCGUGCGGUCGUCAGUGUAAAACAGGCGGUAAUACUGCCAAAUCACAAAAAGAACACCUGCGAAAAGGUAAAGACUCACAACGGAGACAGGCGGCUCUUUCUUUCCUGAACAACAUAUCUCUAGACGGACGGCCUUUAUAUCAUCUCAGCAAUGGAAACCUCGGUCAAAGGGACGCCGCCGAGCUCCGAAGUCGAGACGCCGCCGGGGCACAGGCGAUUGGACACACUCAAUUUUCACCGUGUACCUACGGAACCUUCCCCCAUGUAUCACCCUACUUGGCCGGUGGCGCUGCUACUACUGUGGCGGGGAUUGGGGGACUGAGCCCAGUCCUACCUAAUUUGGGUAUGUCUACAGACACUGGCGCAAGUGUUGCUGUGGGGUGCCGUGAGGUGUUGUUUGAGGGUGUAGACACCAUAGUGCCCCCAGAUACCCCCCUGUCCCCCAUUUCUGGACCUCAGACCUUCAAUCCAAUUGCCAAAUCGCCAUCUGUGCUCCAGACUCUGAAUUCCGUGCCGGGGGAUACACGUCAAAGGUCACGGAAUCAUUCGGGCUCUCCAGGACCCGCAAGGGUGGCCAAGAAGGUCCACUUUAUCAAGAGUAUGAGGCAAUAUGACACACGAGGCAGCAGGAUUAUGCUGAUUUGUGCCAAGCGGUCUCUAUGUGCUGCUUUCUCAGUGCUGCCCUAUGGAGAAUGUAUUCACCUCAGUGACCCAAAGCUGGAUGCUCAGAGACAACGGCUGUCCUCUGGGGUUGGCUCUGACCUGUUCCCUGGCCUGGAGGGCCUUGGGGUGGAGCUAGGGGCAUAUGGAAAGACGGUAUCGUACGCCCGAUUCCUUUUCCCAACUAAUGCCCUGGUGAGGUCGAAGAGCAGUGGACCACUAGAGCCCAGCACAACACAGACACCCCUAUCCCGUUACCGAGGCAACGGCCAGAAGAACUACACCAACCCGUCUCGACUCAACAGCACCAUAGGACAGGACCCGAGUAUAGAAGACCUGGCAGACUAUGAUCCCUAUCUACUCAGUGACCCUCAGUGGCCUUGCGGGAGACACAAGAGAGUUCUUAUAUUUGCAUCCUAUAUGACGACUGUUAUUGAGUACGUGAAGCCGUCGGACCUGAAAAAAGACAUGAAUGAGACGUUCAAGGAGAAGUUCCCCCAUAUCAAACUGACCCUCAGCAAGAUAAGAAGCCUGAAGCGGGACAUGCGUGCGGUGGGAGAGGAGUGCAGUCUGCAGCCAGUCACGGUGGCCAUGGCCUUUGUGUACUUUGAGAAGCUGGUGCUGCAGGGCCGCCUGAACAAGCAAAACAGGAAGCUGGUGUCUGCUGCCUGUGUCCUGCUGGCAGCCAAGAUCAGCAGUGAUCUGAAGAAGCAGGAGGUCCGACAGCUGAUUGACAAGCUGGAGGAGCGUUUUCGUAUAAACCGGCGGGAGUUGAUUCCAUUGGAGUUCCCUGUCCUGGUUGCCUUGGAGAUGGGGCUCUACCUCCCUGACAGCAAGGUCAUGCCGCAUUACCGCAGGCUGGUGCAGCAGGGCUAGGCUGGAGCCUGGAGGUGGCCUGAAUCACUGGCCUGGGUCCAGUUUGGAUAUUUAAGUCCUGAUGAUAUUGAUUGGAAAUGCUGAUCCUGGAUCAUCACCUGGAGGGAGGCAUUUUCUUCCCUAGAAUAUGUUUAGGUGUAGCAGACAUGUCCCUUAUUCAAAUUGGGGGGGGGGGGGGGUUUGGUGCUCAAUAUUUAUAUUGAAUUUUUCUUUAUCACGAUAUGAAGGAUUAAGUGUUUUCCGCAAAGAUAUUGGACUGAUUCGCUUGUACCGAACUUCUUUCUGUGGUGUGUAUUGCAUUCUGAUCAAUAUAUAUUUUUUAAACCAUGUCUAUUUGUACAAACAGUACAAGUUAACUAUUUAUUGAAAAAUAGCUCCAACUUGGUGUGGGGUAGCAUCCCAAUGGGGGUGUCUUUAAGUACACACAGAGAGGAGGCUUUGAUGUUGAUGGUUGUUAUAUCAGUUUGAAAUUAUUUAAUGUACUGUCCAAAGGUGCAGAAAAGUCAUUUUUUUGUGGAAAUGGUGCCUGGUGUUAUCUUUGCUCAUUUAUAGCUCAAAUCAGUUUAUUUGUCGCAUACACUGAUUUGCAGAUGUUAUCGCAGGUGCAGCGAAAUGCUUGUCUCUAGCGCCAACAGUGCAGUAAUGUCUAGCAAAACGACACACGUACAGUACCAGUCAAAAGUUUGGACACGCAAACUCAUUCAAA